CCCUUCCACCGGAGCCAUGCCGGGCCCCCCUCCGCCGCCCCUGGCCGCCUUAUUCUCGGCGUACUACGGCUCCCGCAACCGCUCUUCCUCCUCUUCCUCUUCCCCUUCUUCCCCUUCCUCGUCCUUCGACCUGGAGGGCCUGGUGGGGGCGCUGGCGAACGGCUCCUCGUGGCGCUACGAGGCGGAGUGGCAGAGCCCUUCCGCGCGUGGGGCGCUGCUGGUGGCUUACGCGCUGGUGGCCGGCGUGGCGCUCUUCGGCAACGGGCUGGUCUGCCACGUCCUCGCCGCCCAGAGACCCUCCGCCACCGGGCUCUUCAUCGCCAACCUCGCCCUCGCAGACAUCACCCUCACCCUCCUCAACGCCCCCGUCACCCUGGUGCGGUUUGUGAGCAGCUCUUGGGUUUUUGGGAAGCUGAUGUGCCACAUCAGCCGCUUUGGCCAGUAUUGCUCUGUCCACGUCUACGUGCUGACCCUGGCCGCCAUUGCUUUGGACCGGCACCAGGUGAUCAUGCACCCGUUGAAGCCCCGGAUGUCCCUGGUGAAGGGAGGGGUCUGCAUCAUCCUCAUCUGGGUGCUAGCCAGCUGCUUCUCUCUGCCCCACGCCAUUUACCAGAAGCUGAUGCGCAUCCCUUCCGGGAACCGCACCAACCGCAUUGUGUGCCUGCCCAGCUUCCCGCGGCCCAUGGACCUCUACUGGAAGUACCUGGACCUGGCCACCUUCGUGCUGCUCUACCUGCUGCCCUUGCUGGUCAUCUCCGCCACCUACGCCACGGUGGCCAAGAAGCUGUGGAAGCGCAACGCCAUCGGGGACGUGACCCUGGAGCAGUACUACGCCCACCGGCGCAAGAAGAAGAAGACCCUCAAGAUGUUGGUGGUGGUGGUGGCGGUCUUCGCCGUGUGCUGGUUCCCGCUCAACUGCUACCUGGUCCUGCUCUCCAGCAACGCCAUCCGCAGCAACAACGGCCUCUACUUCGCCUGCCACUGGUUCGCCAUGAGCAGCACCUGCUACAACCCCUUCAUCUAUUGCUGGCUCAAUGACAGCUUCCGCUCGGAGCUCAAGUCCCUGCUGAGGGUCUGUGGGAAGAAGGACCCCGGCCGGAGCCACGCUUUGCAAGCCCUUCCGCCCCCCUUCCGCCAGGCCUGGGAAGAAGGCUGCAAGCCAGAACCCCCCUCGGUCCAGACAGGGCCGGGCUCUGAGGGACACUCGGCCCGGACGGACAUCUCCGUCGUCCAGCCCAUCAUCGCAGGCAGCUGA